GGGGGGGGGGAGCUAAAUGUGUUAGCCAGCCUGUUUGGGUUGCCAUUUGGGAGUGAACCUUCCUCAGAGCUACCAUGAUGCUCGCCACACAGAUGCCAGAAACGCCACAGGCGGCUAAAGAUGUCAAACAGAUCAAGGAGAAGUUGUCUCAGUCUCUGAAGGCCCUGCAGAAGCGAUAUGUGACAUCAGACGCUGUGGUCACCAGCGAAGAUGGAGAUGCUAACCUCCUCUGCUCUGCUCUGGAGGCCAUCUUCAUCCAUGGGAUCAAGAGCAAGUUCAUCCGCUCCGAAGCUGGAGGCCGGAGUAGGAAGACGGACCGUGGACCCCUCCCUCAGCCGUUUUUCUGGAGCCUCCUCAAGACCGUAACUCACCGGGACGUGAUCACAGAGCUGGAAAAGAUCACCUUUCUCUGCACAGACGUGGGUCGCUGCAGAGCGUGGCUGCGCCUGGCCCUCAACCACGGCCUUCUGGAAUGCUACUUGGCGUCUCUGUUUCGAGAGGACUCUAAGCUGCGUGCUCAUUACCAACCCACCGCCCUACUCCUGAAUGAGGAGGAGCGGGAAGUCCUGCUCAGCUACCUCCAGGGUCUGGCCUCGCUCACCUUCAACCUGUCCUACAAGUCAGCUGUUCUCAACGAAUGGACCACCACUCCUCUGGCUCUUGCCGGACUGUGCCCCCUGGCCCUGUUGGGCACGCUCGACCUGCCAAUCAAUGGUGGAGACCAUUCCACCGUGAAGCCAAUGCGUAAGGAAUCGUGGGAUACAGCGUCUCAGUCAUCAGGCUCCUCAGAUGCUCUGGACGUGCAGAAAUGCUGCCCGGUGCUGACAAGUGUUUUACAAAGAGAACCUGGGCUCCACUCCUCUAAUUUAAGUCUGGACACCACAGAGUCCUCUCAGCUCUCCUCCAGUAUUAGCUCCGAUAGCCUCCUGCAGGGUCAGGACCCCCGCAGCCCAGCAGGGGACCCAUGGUCCCCAGGUGACCUGAAUGAUGCACCCAUUCAUAUCAGCAUCAGCACCAAAAGGCCACACAAACACGUGCAGGCUGAGAUCCAGGAGAACGGUCGGUGCUGUCAGGACUCUACGAGGGAAGACUCAUUCGUCUCCAGCACCGGAGCCGAUCGGUUCUCAGAGACCGCCACUUUCAGCGGCUCACGCAGCGAGAUCCACAGUCGUACCGUCCCAUCCCAUGAUCCGGUGGAUCAACUCCCAGAUUCUGAUUCCAAGCCCCCUCCAUCCACACUCGAGAUGCCGUCAUGUGAGGAGCAACCCAAGGUUCAGGCACCCAACGAAAAACGCCAAUCUUCUGAUUUGCACUCGGAAACGACCUCAGUUAGCCAACUUGUCGAGGCUGCGGAGGAAAAACGUUCAACUGUUGUCCAGAAGAAUUCAGAGCUGCUUCAGGAAAUCAAGCGGACAGAAACUUCCGAGAAGAACUCAGAAAGCCAAAAACGCAAAGCAUCGCACCGCUCUGGAAGCAUCGUCAGCAGGAAACCGUCCACAGAUUCACUCGCACAUUCUCAUUCGUGGAUUUCUGACGACGACAUCUUCAAGCCCAACUUGGAGCAGGUGCCGGACAGCGAUGAGACGACUCUGUCCGCUCCUGCAGCCGAGCCUAGUGUUUGUCAGUCUCCUCCCAGUGUCAUCCAUCGCAGACAAAUGGGGCUGUCCAAUCCCUUCCGAGGCUUGCUGAAGCUCGGUCCUCUGGAGCGGCGAAGCCCGAUGGGGAUGUGGCGCGACUUCUACUGCGAGCUCUCCCCCUUCGAGUUCCGCCUGUAUCUGAACGCCGAGGAGCGGACGUGUUGCGACAACUUCUCGCUGCUGCGGUGCGAAGACGUUCGGAUCACCUCGACAGACGGCCGCUUCGACUUGGUCUUUUCUGGGAAGCGGGUUUACCUCCGAGCGGCCAAACGAGACGAAGCCGAGGACUGGAUGGACCGCAUCAUCGAGGCCGUGAACAAAUGCCACCCAGCGACACGUGCCGACGAGCACUGGGAGGUGUUGCAGCCGUCCAGUAACGGUGUGGACGAGCGCAUGCUGUCCUCUCCGUCCUCCGCCUCCUCCAGCCCUGAGAGACGCCUGUCGUCCUCUGACACGAACGGAGGGCGGGACUUAACUCCUCCCCUUCAGGAGUUUGGCUGGACUCGUACUACAGACCCAGAAACAGAUGCUGUCAAAGAAGCAGUUUUAUAUUCGUCCACAGAUCCUGAGGCCAAAACGUGGACACCUCUGGUCUUCUCUCUCUCCUUGGAGGCUCUGAAAGGCUUCCGGGUUCAAGAGGGCAAGAAGUUAUUGCGGAUAACUCAUCCUAUUGAGGAGAUCCGGGACGUGGUUCCUGAUGUCUCGCAGGGAGGAGCGGACUUUUUCAAAGUCCUGACCGUUAAGCAGACACUGAGAUUCAGGGCGGAGAACCCCAAGGAGGCUCGCUCCUGGAGGGACCUGAUCCGCGGAGCUUUGGACUCGUACUUGGAGAGCGGAGAGGACGAACUUUCUGAGGAAAGCCCUCCAGUUUCAAACCCCAGUGUGACUGGAAAUCUGCACAGACUGGUGCAGCACAGGCUGAAGGAAGACGGAGUUCUUCUGGUCCAUCUUUACACGGUUCCAUCUGAGAGGGGGCUGGACACGCAGAACUUCAAAUGUGCCGGCUGUCCCAAGCAGAUCGGGCCCUCCCUGGGCAGAGCCAGACUCUGUCAGUUUUCAGGCCUUUACUACUGCGACAGCUGCCACAGGGGGGACGCCGCCAUCGUCCCCUCCCGCAUGGUGCACAACUGGGAUCUCACCCAGCGAGAGGUGUCAAAGCAAGCUCUACGCCUGCUGGCUCUGGUCGACCAGGAGCCUCUGCUGAACUUGGAGCAGCUGAACCCCAACUUGCUGAAGCACUCCGAGUCCAUAGCUCAGGUGUACAGCCUGAGAGAGAAGCUGCGCCUGCUGGGGGAGUACCUGCGCACCUGUCGCAGCGGAGCCUGCAAGAAACUCCAGGCCCGGAUGGGGCAGAGGACGUACCUGCUGGAGUCGAGCCACCUGUACAGCGUCAGAGACCUGAGACAGAUAGCAGACGGAGAGUUUGCAGCCUUCCUGCUCACGCUCGUGCAGGCCGCCUCUAAUCACGUGUUCAACUGUGACCUUUGCACUCUGAGGGGCUUCAUUUGCCAGAUUUGCCACUCUGACGACAUCCUCUUCCCCUUCCAGUUCGAAAGAAUCAUCAGGUGUACAGACUGUAAAGCUGUGUUCCACCUGUCCUGCAAGUCCAACAACCAGCCUUGUCCUCGCUGCCAGAGAAUGAAGAAAUACCUACAGAGGGAACAGCAAGACUGAGCUGCAGCUUUGUGGGAACUUUGGACCGCCGGCGUAAAAAAUAAGCGAAAGGAAAACUUUAAGCGUUCGCAUGAAGGAACCUCAAGUGCAAUUAUGAGCACGGUUUGCUCGUCCCGACUGUAACACGAAGAAAAGAGGGUGUCGGUGCCGCAGUAGCUACAUGUUUGCACUAAUUUAGAGGCGCGCACGCUGACGAGACGCAGCCGAAUGCUUUGAAACCUCUGCAGAUUCAGCCACGGAGUCCAAACAAAAGC